AUGGAAAACAACUUUGAGAACCCUUUCCAUGGCGCCGGUCAAGUUGGACAGGCGGUUCUGGAACCAACGAGGCGGUCUAGUCCACGAACACCGCCAUUCCCCUAUUCAUCGCUGCCUUUUGCUUCAUCCAACGCUAAGUCUCCAACACCCAGCCCUAGCCCGGUUGUCAUUCCACCUGGUCACAACAUUGUUGCACCAACCUUAACCGAGCCGGUCUGGGAAACCGUACAGAGGGACUUAUCGCGAAUUCUGAGCAAUUUGAAGCUUGUUUUGUUCCCUAAUCCUCACCGUGAAGACCCCGGGAAGGCCUUGAGGGAUUGGGACCUCUGGGGGCCGUUCUUCUUUGUCAUCUUCCUCGGUCUCACCUUGUCCUGGUCUGCAUCCAUCAAAAAGGUGAGUACCAUACCUUCAGAAAUGGCGAAUCUUGAGUGA